AUGAAAGAGAACGUAUUCGAGGACAACGUCUCGCAAUUAGCGCAUCACAUCCGCCACAAAUGUGCAAAUGUACGCACUGAACGAUUAGACGGCAAGGUACACAAGCUCGUCACCCGCGACGGUUCACUAAGCGUCGAUCGACGCGUCGACACUGCGAUCACGCUGGUGGACCAUCCGGUGCUGGGUAAGCCGUUCUACCAGCUGCAUCCGUGUCAGAGCGCCCAGCUGCUAGAGGACGCUGCCUUGCAGGGCCUGGAAGCGCUUGUAUUUUGGUGGGAUUUCUAUUCGUCGGUGCUGAUAUGA